CUGGACGCUCCUGGAUUCUUCUGGAGGCGCCUGGAGGCUUUUGGAGGGUCCUGGAUUCUCCUGGAGGCUCCUGGAUGCUUCUGGAGGGUCCUGGAUUCUCCUGGAGACUCCUGGAGGCCUUUGGAUGCCUCUCAGAGGCUCUUAACCUCCCCUCUGCCCCCCUCUGCUCCCCUCUGGCCAGCAGUGUGCGACUCCCUGUACGAGCUGCUGACCGGCCUGUCCCGGUCAGAGGUGCCCUACCAGCUGUACACUGACCAGCGCCUGGCCCUGCUGCUGCUCUGCCUCUUCCUCAUCCUGCCCAUGUCCGUCUCCAAGGAGAUCAGCAUCCAGAAGCACAUCAGCGUCCUGGGCACUCUGGCUGCGUCCUACCUGACGGUGGCCAUCAUGGUCCGGUACCACACGGCGCCGGCGGCCCGCAGCACGCCGCUGCACUCCGGCGGGGCCGGAUCCUGGGCCGCCGUCUUCAGCGUCGUGCCGACCAUCUGCUUCGGUUUCCAGUGCCAUGAGGCAUCCAUCGCCAUCUACAGCAGCAUGGAGAACCAGCGGCUGUCUCACUGGGCGCUGGUCUCAGUGCUGGCCAUGGUCAUCUGCCUCCUCAUCUACACCCUCACAGGCGUGUACGGGUUCCUGACCUUCGGGAGGGAGCUGGCGCCGGACGUGCUGAUGUCCUACAGCAGCCGGGACGUUCUGAUGCUGGUGGCCCGGCUGCUGUUCGGGGUCUCCAUCAUCACCAUCUACCCCAUCACCGUGCUGCUGGGCAGAUCUGUGAUCCAGGAGCCGCUCCUGAGCUGUUGGCGGCGGCGUGGCGGCGCGGCGGUGGCGGCGGAGGCGGCGGCCUUCGAGAGGCGCAGCCGCUGGCUGCUGACGGCGGCCUGGCUGGCGCUCACGCUGCUCAUCGCCGUCUUCGUCCCCGACAUCAGCAAAGUCAUCAGCGUCAUCGGGGGGAUCAGCGCCUUCUUCAUCUUCAUCUUCCCAGGACUCUGCCUGGUGUUCGCCAUGCAGACCCAGCCGGUCUCCUGCAGGACCAGGGUGGCCCUCACCGCGUGGGGGGGGCUGACCCUGCUCUGUGGAGCCUUCAUCUUCGGCCAGAGCACCACCAUCGCCGUCCUGCAGCUGCUGGGACACAUCUGA